AUGCCUCAAUGUCCAUUGUGCAGAAAAAUUAUGGAGGACCACACAUCUGUUGCUCGCCAUAUGAGCCAGCCCCGGUCUGGCUGCAACACGUGGCUAGAAGAUAUCAUCAAGCUUAAUUCCCUCAUCCCACCCUUGGACCCAGCGAAUAUCGAGCACCACAUUCCUCAUGAACCAGAACUCGGAGGCGAGGCAAUGGUAGUUGACUUCGGUGAUGUUGCGGUGAAUUCGGGCGGUGAAGUAACCAAAUACUAUCCUGACCCUCCACUUGCCUAUCAGGAUGGCUACACCUUUUUGAACCUAUUUGACUCUGAUGAAAAUAGUGUGCAUCACAAAAACAACCUUUACUAUCCAUUUAGUGGUCGAAGAGAUUGGCAAGUUGCGGCAUGGCUGCUUCGUUCGGGCCUGAGCAUGAGCAAUAUUGAUUCCUUCCUAUCGCUUGAAAUGGUCAAAGACUUAACUUUGUCAUUCUCCUCAGCUAAAGAACUACAGGGUCGAGCUGAAAUGCUCCCAAGCGGUCCGUGUUGGAUGUCCAAAGUAAUACCCACAUUGCAUGCAACAAAGUCGCCGGUAGUUCUAUAUUGGCGCGACCCUCUAGAGUGCAUCGCCAGCGUCUUCAACAACCCCUUAUUUCACAAUUGUAUUGAUUUCAGGCCUCGCAAGGUGUACACUACCACAGAAAAGCAGUGUCGUGUAUAUACUGAGUGGAUGAUGGGAAAUGAUGCUUGGGAUAUGCAGGCGGCUAUACCUAGUGGUACAAACAUCACUGCCUUAACAGGUGAUCGCGUUGCUCACCCGCUUCUUAUAAGCCUUGCAAACAUACAUAUGAAUAUACGGCUAAAAUCGUCUUCGGGUGCUUUCGUUCUCACCGCUCUACUACCGGUCCUGAAGUUUGUGCAUAAGAAGAAACAAAUGAAGGGUGUAUUGGAGGAUCGCCUCAUACAUCAAUGUUUGGACAUCGUUCUUGAACCUUUGAAACAGGCAGCUCGACAUGGCAUCAUGCUAUCAGAUCCCAUUGGCAACAACUGGAUACUCGCGGAACCAUCUCGUUUCUUUACACCGGAAGACCUUCACCACAUUCAUAAAGAAUUCUGGGACCAUGACACGCAAUGGCUCAUUUGUGCAGUCGGAGAGUCCGAGAUUGAUUUCCGGUUUUCCAUUUUGCAGCCCAUCACUGGCAUUUCGAAACUGAAACAGGUUACUGGUCGUUGUCAUCUAUGUGCGAACGCAGCUCCUGGUGUUCUCACUGCCAUACACGCACUCAUGCAGUUCCGUUAUUGUGUGCAGUCACCAUGCAUCAAUGACGACGAUAUCAGGCACAUCUCAGGUGCAUUGGACAAGUUUCAUUCAAACAAGGAUUUAAUUAUUGCUGCGGGAGCUCGCCGAGGGAAGGGUAAUAGACCUAUUUCCAAUUGGCAUAUACCCAAGUUGGAGUUAAUGCAGAACAUUGUUCCGAGCAUUCGCAACUCUGGGGUCAUCAGACAGUGGUCUGCAGAUGUCACAGAACAUGCACAUGUAACUGAAAUCAAAGACCCUGCAAGGGCAACCAACAAUCACAACUACGAUCCCCAGAUAUGUCGACACCUGGACCAAGCCGAAAAGUGUCGGCGCUUUGAGCUCGCCACUAGUCUUUUGGAUGCAAAACAGACUACUGAGCAGCUGGAGAACACCGACAUCGAUGCUGACGAUGCCAAUGCCAAUGCCGACACUCCAAUCGAACUUUCUGCGGUGCAGCAACUCCCAUGUCGUCCUGUCAUCAGCUAUUUUGCCAUUGCUAGGGCAUUGCAGUACAGACCUGUGGGUUCCAUACCUCUUCCAUUAUGUUCAUUUGUCGUUGGCCGCACUGCAUUUCAUAUCGCAUAUGAUCCAUCCAUUAGAAAGAUCUCUAUUGACGAAGUCGCCGUCAAAUUCUCCCUUCCAGAUCUGCGACCAGCUAUUGCUGAUUUCAUUCAGCAUGAGGCGACUUGUGGAGACCAACACAUUCAUGCAAUAAGCGGUCCGAGAAGAGGGGCGCAUACGGCUACCCUUCCUUUUGACCAGGUUCAAGUCUGGUUCAAAGUUCGCUUACAAGAAACAGAAUUUUACGAUGCUCACACUAUCAGACCAGCCCAAACGCUAAAUUGCACCCCACCCUGCGACCCCUGGAAUUUAGGACAUUAUGACACAGCUAUCAUUCAGACUAGUGCGGGCUUUUCAUGGCCUAGUAGUGGACUUUCAGGUCACACUGUCGCCCAGAUCAGACUGAUCAUGCGGCCUAUUGGUAAGAGCGACACAUCAUGGUCAUGGAAAGACCAAUUUCUCUGCUACGUGCAACACUUUGAUAUCUCACCUGAUCGUGAUCCAACGACACAACUUCAUCUCCUCAAACGCUCAAAACACUCAAAUGGUGUUCGGAUGGGGGACGUGAUUCCGCUCUCUCAACUAAGGGUGCCUAUAAAUCUUGUUCCUCGCUUUGGAGCCACUGCAGAUAAAUGCCACACAGUUUAUAAUAGCAUGGAGCAUGCCGCGGAGUUUUGGUUGAAUGAGUAUUGGGAAAAAAACACAUUCUUCGCCCUAUCAGCAUGGUAUUUGAUUUGA